GCGGAACGCCAGCGGAAGUGAAACGGGCGGCGCCGCCGCGGGCGGGAAUGGAUUCCCCAUCGUACAUCCCCGAGUUGGGCCCGACAGCCAGUGGGCUUGUAAGAAGUUCAUGAGAGUCGUCCACGCCGCGUGGCACUGGCUCCAGAUGGUGGAGGAGGGCGGAGUUGGGAGCGAGCACGACCUCUCCAAGGCCUGCGACAACAUCGAUCAUGGUGUUGCUGUCGAGUGCCUACGACGCCAUGCAGUGCCUCAAGCCACGCUCUUUGUCUGCCUGGCGGCCUGGACUGCGCCAGGAACGUGCUGUGUGGGGCCCGAGCUCUCGGCCCCCAUGUGGCCGACCGGGGGGCUCCCUCAGGGAGACCCCGCAGCUCCCAGCACGCUGGUGGCCACGCUAACACCGUGGUGCCCACCGUCGGCGCAGAGCCUCGCGUACAUGUACGACCGAUCCUUUCUCUCGGCCGGCGACCAGGGGCCCGACGCCGCGAUCUCCGUCACGCAGUUCUUCGAUCGUGACGCUGGUUUUCGGGAGAAUGAACCGAGGAGGCAGAGGUGGGAUGCGGACAGUCCUACUCGCAUCGGACAGUCCUACUCACAUCGGGCACCUCGAACAGACAGCUGUACCAGGCUUUCCUCAAGCUCCUGUCCUGCCACGCGGGGGAUGGGUGAAGCUGUACUCGGGCAUCUCGAUCUUGGCUCCGCUCCCUGGCAGCUCCCAAGUUCGUGAAGUCCUGGGCGCAGCGUAUUUACGGCCGCUGUGGUACUGGGCGGCACCUUUCAUGGACGUGGUACCUUCGGACAUCCCCGGGUUGCUGUGCAAAGCUGUCUUCAGAAUGACAUGCACCUGGUGGUGUUAUGGCCGAUGGUGGAGCAGGCGAAUGCAGCUUCACCCCAUAUGUUCUGCAGCCGUGUUCCCCAUCAAGCACAUGGUGCAUAAGAAGCUCGCAUGGUCCUCUUACCUUGAGAUCGCCAUCACCAACACACGUCAACGCUCUGGGACUAGAGCUGGUACGGUAUGAUGCUGCCCGUGGGUUCUUCCUUCAGGCUUUGGCCCAAAAUGAUCAUCGUGUCUAGGAUGUUACACAUAAUGCCAACAACCAGUUUUGGACUGAUGCCCAAAGUGUUGAACAUGCUCAUCGGGCUGUUGCCAGAGUUCAUUGUUUCCAAUGUGCGCAGACCACCCGCCAAGACUCAGAAGGUAUUGCGGAUGUCGAAGUGGUGCUGACACCCCACCCGAAAUUCAAAGGGUUUCCACAAGCGGCUCACCCGCCAGCGUCAGAAGCUGGUGGAUACUUAUGUGUGCGGAGCCGCUUUCACGCAGACCAUCUGUCAAUCGGGGGUGGGCUGCGCGUGUUGCCACCCUUGUCCUUCUACGCAUCACCUGUGGGAAGAACGCCCAGUCUUUGCAGCGAUGCGCUCGAGGCUGGAACAUGUCCGUGAGCUACCUCAGUCUGUUUGGUCUUCCCAACCGGGAAUUACCUUAAAGAGCGGAUGGGCCACCUGCCAGGGUUCUCCACGGAGAGCAGUACGUGUGAGGAUGAUGGGUGCCGAACUUGAGCUGGGCAUUUCCAUCCGGGAGCGCCAGCCGACGCUAAAGCAACGGGCUGCUCCUGAUGCUCGAAAUUUCUAUAUAUUUCAGAGUCGAUUCCAUCAGGUAGUGCGACUCGUUCAGCAUCUCUCGCCAAUUUUUUUGUCCAGCCGAAAUUCGGCGGCCAGCCCAUGGGGGAAGUGAGCAGGGGCGGGCCUUCUCAGAAGACUCGGCAGCCCCCUGGCCUUCCGAGAAGUUUUCCAAGCCUCCCCGAAGACAGACGCCUUCUCAGCAGGUUGGAGGGCUUCCGAGAAGUUCUGCAGCCUUCUGAGAAGGCCUUCGCCG